UUGGGAGCUUCCUAUCGAACUUGGGCUCGGCGAGCCACGAUCGCCGUCCUGUUCGCCGUCCGGGAUGGAUGUGGAGACGGAUGCGGAGUUUUCGAAGCUCCUAGCGCAGCAGGCAGAGAUCACCCAGAGCAUUGUGAGGCGUCACAAGGCCAUUGUCUCGGCGCUCCGCCAAGAGAUCGAGGCCUUGCGCAACGGAUUGCAGGAUCCUUCGAAGGUGCCAACGGUCUCGAGGAGCCUUCACGAGCCCGUCCCAGUGGUCCUGGCGCCGAGCCCCAGGGAGCAGAGCAAGGGCCGCCUCAGCGGGGUGGAGUUGUUCGAGAACUUGGACGAGGCUGAGAUGAUGCUGAAAAGGGAUAGCGUCACGGAGCUGGGAAUUGUACCAGCUGUGAAGCCAAGAUCCUCACUCAAGGCGCAGGUCAAGAACUUUCUGGAUGACGAUGACGAUGAGGCCCGCUCGGGCGUGCGGCGGAACAAUACAAGGUCACCUACUCAGGACAUGGGGGCGCAGGUGGCUUUCAGGUCUCCGUCCAAAAGCUCGUUUAAUGGCGACGCUUCACCACACGUUCUGCCCUUCGGCGAGCGCAGGUCCAUUUCUCAUGACUUCGCCGUUCGGAGGUCUUUGAUAAUGGACCCAGCUCUGCCUGGUGUUCCCAAGAGGUCCAGCAUCAUUUCGGAGCCUGGCGGAAUUGGAAUGCCACGGCAGAGCCGGUCCAUACAUGCCCAUGCCAGCGCUGCGGCGAGGGCGAAGACAGCUGAGAUGGCGAGGGCUUCCAGUCGCACCAACACGGCAGGUUUGAGCGUGGGCCCGCGGGCCAUUUCUGCUCCGGUGCUGGACGUUACGCAGCCGGUGAUCGAGCCCUGGGAUAUUUGGCCUGACCUGUACCUGGAUGCCUCCGUUGAGGAAAGGCGCGCCUCCAUGGGCAGCUAUUCCGCCCAGAAGUCCAGGCUCUCCUUGCACGAGAACGGGCGGAUGAAGCUCGCGAAAGGGGCCAGCAGACAGGCGCAGUGCCUGCAGGCAAUGGUUCUUGAGCCGGACAGCAAGCGACGCCUGUGUUGGCUCAGUUUCUCCCUGCUGCUCAUCGGCUUUGACAUGGUCAUGGUGCCGCUGUCUGUUUUCGAUCUGGAGACUUCUAGCUGGGAUUUUGCCAUGACGGUCUUCUCCGCCACUUUCUGGACCAUCGACUUCCUUGCGGCCUUCUUCGUGGGCUACUAUGUAACUGGGUCCUUGGAAUUGCGGCCACACAUGACUGCCAUGAACUACGCGAAGACUUGGAUGAUUCCAGACCUGAUCCUGCUGUCGUUCGAGUGGGUGGAUGCCGCGAUCUCCAACGUCCCGUCGCUGCCAAGCCUGGUGAGGGCGUCGCGGUCCAUCCGCAUCAUGCGCUUUUUGAGGUCUGCUAAAGUGCUGCGGGCAGCAAAGUUGCCGUCUGCCCUAAAGCAUUUCCCCUUCCUCCCACGCACCGAGUACAUCUCGCUGAGUAUGGGAAUUCUGCGGCACCUUCUGGGCAUCCUGUUUAUCAACCACACCAUCGCAGCCUGCUUUUACCUGCUGGGGUCUGGACCUGGCGGCUGGCUGGAGCACUACGAGAUAGACACCACCAACUGGUGGUACACGUACCUCAUCACUUUGCAUUGGAGCCUGACACAGUUUACGCCCGCCGGCAUGGAGGUGCUUCCACAGACCUACGAGGAGCGCUUCUUCAACGUGGCGGUGGUGAUCUUUGCGCUGGUCACCUUCUCAUCUUUCGUGUCGAGCAUCACGAACUUGAUGACGCACUUGCGCAAUCUGGAGAGUGCUGAAGCAAUUCUGUUCUCCAAGCUGGACGAGUUCAUGCGCAGCAGGCAGUUCUCCUUUUACCUCACAAUCCGCGUGCGCCGUUACUUGGACCAGCGCUUGGCGGAGAAGAAGUCCAAGCCGGAGGAAGGAGACAUCGAGCUCUUGCAUCGGUUGUCAGAACCACUGAAGAUGGAAGUGCACUUCGAGAUGCACAGCCCUGUACUCAACAAGCACUCGCUCUUCUUCGCUUACUCCCAACUGAACGAGCCGGCCGUGAUGAAGCUCUGCCACACGGGGGUCAGGACCAUGCAGCUCUCCGGAGAUGACUACUUGUUCACCAAGGGCGAAUCUUGCAAAUCGAUGUUUUUCGCGAUGUCUGGCACGCUGACCUACACCCUGGAGAAUGCCGAACCGAUUCCAUUGCAGGCUCCAGCCCACUUCUCAGAGAUGGUCUUAUGGGCGCCCUGGAGUCACUGUGGCACGAUGCGGGCACGCUCCGACUGUAAGAUCCUGCUGGUGGAUGCCCAAGAGUUCCACAACGUGGUGGCAUCAUCCAAGAACUGCCAGCUGGAGGUGUGCAAAUAUGCGGAGAGAGCUCUCCACAUCUCAAACAAGUACUUCACCAAGGAGACCCGGAGCGACUUGAACUGUGGCAAGUACAACGAGAAAAGGAUCGUGAAGAGAGUCUUCCCGGAGGGCUGCCUCGACGUGCGGACGAUGUGGUUUAUGCCAGCAAGGAGCAUCAACCGCCACAACUCCACAGGUGGAAUGUUGGGUGGUCUACGCCGUCAACUCUCCGCACAGGCCUUCGGAAUCGGACGAGCCCUCCUCGGACGACAGCAUGGAAAGGUUCGGCGUUCGGAAGAUCGUGGAGGACAACGAGAAGGAGCAGCUGGACGUCGAACCCAAAUCGACAGAACACGACAGCGUCAAAAAGUGCGACAGCCUCACCUGAGCGCGAAUAUCCGGCAGCCAGCUUUGGGCCGAAUUCGGUCCGAUUGGUUGUGUUUGCCGAGACUUCGUGUCCGUCGUCUUUGUGGGUGUCAAAUGACACUCUGACGUUACGUUGCGAGGCGAGGUUUAUAGAACGGAUCGCGCGUAUCCCAGCCAUUGUCAAUUCAUCGCCGA